UCGUGCUCUUGUGACUCGGGUGAGUGCGCAUGAAAUUACAGUCGCUCUCUGAAGUAACAGUAGCAGGGCUCCAGUCUGCGAGAAUCUGACUCGAGUCUAGCACUCACUCACUCACUCACUCACAUCUUCUGGAGAGAGCAGCAGUCACGAGCUUUACGCGGAGAGACAGCACUUCCGACGGCUACAGGUUUAAUUGUGUCACUGGGCAGCAUGACGGAGGUGAUGAACAGCUGUGACUCUGCGGUGGGAGACUUCAGCGUGAGCGGCGCAUCUGAGGAGCAGAACAUCUCUUUACAGAUCUUCCCAGACUCCCAUGAACGGAUCCCAAAGCUUUCCAAACGCUUGCCGUCCAUCGUGGUUGAACCCACUGAGAGCGGUGAGGUGGAGAGCGGGGAACUGCGCUGGCCUCCUGAUGAUCUGAGCCCUACAGACGACCCCAGAGACAAACAGGCCCAGGCUGCAAUUGACAAGCUCACAGAGGACAGCCAAGAGGCCGCAGCAGGGAUGGAAAACUAAUGGGCGAUGGUUGGCACCAAUCCAGCCAAUCACUGUGAAUGUCUUCAUUAUGGACAGGAGUGACCGGGAGACUCCACCAGUUAGGUCUGCCUAUCAUCCACACUAGAGCCGCCCACCUGCUGACCUCCACUCCCCUAGGUGGAGCCGAGGCCUGAGAGACUGUCUCAACUGAACUAGCUCAUGUGCCAAACUCUAGUGGUAGUCAGCUGCUGUGAUUGAGUUGUAAAUGAUCUCCAAUAACACCGUGAUACCCAUUAGAAGUCACCUAUGCCUGCUAAAUUAUAAAUUGGCUUUCAUUUAUGUAUUGAAUUGCUUUCGACCAAAGUCUUUCAUUCCUUCAAUUAAAAGAACAUAGCUUCAGGAUGUUAAUUUGAUGUAUUAUAUCAGCACACAUUAAGUGAAAAUGGAUUUCAGAUAAUAUGUAAACGAUCUACAGUGCAAUAUGGCUCUUAGUGUAGAUUUCAAACUCUACGCUAUGUACAGUAGAUCUCAGUUUGUUUUCAUGCCCCGCACACUACUAAUAGGGGUUUCUUUUUAACACACUUUCCAAAUUUGCACAUAUUCCUUGCAACUUGCAUUUAUUCUCUGUUAUUCAUCACUGCUGCUUAUUUAUUAGUGUUCAUCAGAGCUGCUGUAAAUGUAGCUUUCUUUGCCUUAGACAUUUAUUUGUAAUGACAUUAUAUGUACGUCAUAAUUUGAAUGAAGUUACUGUUUGUAUAUAUGUUCAGACGGUCGUUAUUCCACCCAUCACAUGUAUCUGUCACCUUCCCAAGGCGAAAAUCUUUGGUCCUUCAAAGUCUGUUGAAUAUCACUGUAUUCUGUUAAAAAUCUACUGCUCAUUUGAUGUUUGAGUAUUGGUCUUAAAAUAUUAAUAAUCUGUCUGAGAAUGGGAACGAAUGCAACUUAUCACUUAGCAUUAAAGGCAGUUAUUUCU